AGAUGUGUCGCUAUCCUCUCGGUAUGACCGGCGGUCAGAUUCAGGAUGAGGACAUCUCUGCCUCCAGUCAAUGGUCUGAGUCCACCGCUGCAAGAUUUGGCAGACUGGACUUUGAUAAUGGAGACGGGGACGGGGCGUGGUGUCCUGACAUCAUGUCAGAGCCAGACGGCCUCAAAGAGUAUCUCCAAGUGGACCUGCGCUCGCUGCACUUCAUCACCCUGGUGGGCACCCAGGGUCGCCAUGCCGACGGCAUGGGUAACGAGUUCGCCCAGCGCUACAGGAUCAAGUACAGCCGUGAUGGCAGCAACUGGGUGGCUUGGCAUGACAGGAAGGGCGGGCAGGUCAUUGAGGGAAAUAGGAAUGCCUAUGAUGUGGUGCUCAAAGAUCUGGAGCCUCCCAUCAUCGCCCGCUUUGUCCGCUUCAUGCCUGUGACAGACCACUCCAUGAUCGUGUGCAUGAGGGUGGAACUCUAUGGCUGCGAAUGGCUGGAUGGUCUGAUGUCUUAUAGCAUUCCAGACGGGCAGCAAAUGAUCUACAGAGGCCUGGAUGUCUACCUCAAUGACUCGGUCUAUGAUGGAGCCUCAGCUGAAAGUCUAACUAAGGGCCUAGGCCAGCUGACAGAUGGUACCUGGGGUCUGGAUGAUUUCCUCCACAGCCACAUCUACGGCAUGUGGCCCGGAUACGACUACGUGGGCUGGACCAACAAGAGCUUCCCCAGGGGUUUUGUGGAGAUGAGCUUUGAGUUUGACCACGUCCGAAACUUCACUUCCAUGAAGGUACACUGCAGCAACAUGUUCAAUCGAGGGGUGCGGAUGUUCAGACAGGCUACCUGUUACUUCAAGUCAGGAUCAGACUGGGAGGCUGAAUCGGUUUCCUUCAAGCUUUCCAUGGACCGCGUGAGCCAGAGAGCACGUUUUGUUACUGUGCCCCUUGGGGACCGCACAGCCAGCGCCAUCAGAUGCCGUUUCUACUUCAGUGACAUUUGGAUGCUGUUCAGUGAAGUGGCCUUCCAGUCAGGCUCAGCGGUGUACAACACAUCUCUGGCUCCUCGCAAGCGUGGACACCCUACAAACACACUGCCAGGAGAUGACCCUACUCAUAAAGUGGAUGACAGCAACACCAGGAUCCUGAUUGGCUGCUUGGUAGCUAUCAUUGCCAUCCUGAUGACUAUUAUAGUCAUCAUCCUGUGGCGGCAGGUCUGGCAAAAGAUGCUUGAAAAGGCGUCCCGUCGCAUGCUGGAUGAUGAACUGACGGCUCGUCUUGCAGUCCAGACCCAGGCUUUCUCCUUCCACCACUCCUCUCUGUCCAGUGAGGGCGGCUCAAACUCCAACUCCACCUAUGAGAGGAUCUUCCCCCUCUGCUCUGACUACCAGGAGCCGUCCCGCCUCAUCCGGAAAUUGCCAGAGUUUGCCCAGUCCACCGAAAACCUUGGGCCCAGCUCAUCCUCCAGACCUUCAGGUUCAGACGGUGCCCCCCACUAUGCAGAGGCAGACAUCAUCAGCCUCCAGGAGUCUUCAGGCAGCAACACCUACUCCAUCACUGCUGUCAACAUGAAUCUCUUCACCGGCAGAGACUCGGCCAUGAGAGAGUUCCCCAGACACAAGCUCACCUUCAAGGAGAAACUGGGAGAGGGCCAGUUUGGAGAGGUGCACCUGUGUGAGGCAGAGGGCAUGCAGGACUUUUUGGAUGAGGAUUUGCCCAUAGAGGGAAGCAGUGAAUCACCGUUGCUUGUGGCUGUAAAGACACUGCGAGAAGAUGCCAACAAGAAUGCAAGGAACGAUUUCCUGAAGGAGAUCCGCAUCAUGUCUCGUCUGAGGGACCCCAACAUUGUCCGUCUGCUGGCGGUGUGUGUGGACACAGACCCUCUGUGCAUGAUCACUGAGUACAUGGAAAACGGAGACCUCAACCAGUUCCUCUGCAACCUCCGGCUAAAGGACGGCGCUGACGAAGACAAGAAAGAAAUCAGCUACACAAAACUGAUUGGCAUGGCCAUACAGAUUGCAUCUGGUAUGAAGUACUUAUCCUCUCUCAACUUUGUCCACCGUGAUCUGGCCACCCGCAACUGCCUGGUGGGCAAGAACUACACCAUAAAGAUCGCUGAUUUCGGCAUGAGUCGGAACCUUUAUCGAGGGGACUACUACCGGAUCCAGGGCCGAGCCGUCCUCCCCAUUCGCUGGAUGUCCUGGGAAAGCAUCCUGCUGGGUAAGUUCACCAUGGCCAGCGAUGUGUGGGCGUUUGGGGUGACUCUGUGGGAGAUUCUGACUCUGUGUAAGGAGCAGCCGUACUCCCAGCUAUCUGACGAGCAGGUCAUUGAAAACACCGGCGAGUUCUUCAGGGACCAGGGCAAGCAGGUGUACCUUCCAAAGCCUCCUUGUUGUCCUGAUGGAGUUUACAGUGACCUCAUGCUGAGCUGCUGGAGGAGGAACGCCAAGCACCGGCCCAGCUUCCAGGAGAUACACAGUCAGCUGAUGGAGAGCCAGGCGUAGCAGAUGGGGUCCAUGCACAUACUGUUUCUCUCUGCCCUGCCGACUGACGAACCAGUGUUCAUUUCAGUCUGGAUUCAUGUGGAACGCAGUCGGAAGCAACCCGGCGUAGUGCCCAUGUCCUUAAUGCCUAUUGCCCACGGUCCAGUGCUGCGAUAUGAGGACCAGGCAUACAGCUGAAUAAGGCCUUACACUGUAGAUACUAAUAACAUGAGAGCAAGCACAAGUCAUUUCGACUGAUUUACACUUAUGCAUAUUGCAUUCU